GCGGGCGGGGGCUUCCUGCCUCCUUCUCGGCAGCGCCAUGGAGCGGUACCGGCCUCGGCUCCGGUUCUCCCGGUUCCCGCGGCUCCUGGCCGCCGCAGUGAUCGUGGAGUGCUGCUCAUGGUUUUGCCCCAGUCUUGGCAGUGAAACGGGCUCCACGCUGGGUACUGCCGCCCCCCGUGCCCGCCUGGAGACCGUGAUGGGGGAGUGUUGCCAGACAGAUACAGAGCAAGGAGCUGGCACGGGGCAGGCACCAACACCAGAAGCUGUGGGGCAGCUGAGGACAGAGACUGAGCUGCUGCCCUCCCCUGAGACCCCCACCGGGACUGCCGAGCUCCCCAGCCCCCAGAGGAGCCACGGAGGUCCCUGGGCAGGUGGGGAGGGGUCGGGGCCUGUGACACAGGACGGGACUGCCACCGAGCACCUGGGGCUCUCUACAGGCACCGCUGAGCUGGCAGCUGUGGUCAGCGACCGUCCAACUCACGCCCCAGCAUCGCUGGAGCCAGGCACUGCUCCUGCCGUGGGCUCUGGCCCUGGGACUAACCUUGGGGCAAAUGUGACAGUAGAAGGUGCCACAGGCCCACAGGAGACCCUCUCGCAUUCACCGUCCUCCGUGACGGUGUCCAGCUCUGCUGGGGGGCAGUGGAGACCUUCCAGCGCCCUGCCAGGCUGGAGCCCCGUGGGCACAAGGCUUGUGCAUAGGCAGGGGGGCUCACACAGCCCCUCGUCCCCAGAACCAUGGGCUGGGGAGGGUCUGGGUGCCACCAUCCUGCUGGGUAACAGCAGUCCAGGGACUCAUCCAAGCAUUGCUCUGGCCACAGACAGCCCUGCCCUGGGGACAGCGAGGACAUCAGCCUUUGCAGGGGGUCUGCAGAGGGUGCCGAGCCCUGCAGAGGUGGAUGCUGAUCUGAAGGGCCCCUUCUCUGCCCCUCACUCCUCUCUGGGAUCAGGUGGCCGUGGGGGUCCUAUGGCCAGCACAGCCCAGCCGGCCAUGGGCACAGACAAAGCUUUGCUGCCAGCUGUAGGCAAGGGUAUGGAGCUGCCUGUCCCCACUGACAUGGCUGGCACCCCAAGGAUGACAUCCUCUGACCUAGAGGGAGCUCUGGUCCCUACCACGCAUUCACCUGGGCACAGCCACGUCCCCCUGGACCAGACCUGGCAUCCGCCAGCCAUGCCAGGGCAGGUCCCUACCUCAUCGACCCCCAGCAGCACUGUAGAAGCGCAGAGCAGGAUGCCCUACCCCAGCCCAGAGCCCUCCCAUGUCCCCCUGUCCCGACAGCCAGCUCCAACCAACAGCUCUGCAGCACCCACCCCACAGCCCUCCACAGGGGUCCCGGGGCUCAGCCCUGCUGCGGGCAUGCCGCUGGCAAGGCCAUCCUCAGGGUACCAGCUGCCCCAUGUUGGCUCAGGGGGGAAUCCUGCUGAGACCCCUCAGAUCCUGGGGGGGACCCCAGUGGAAGUGGGCAAUGCUGGGCCUUGGGCAGUGACUGCCCCACCGAGCUGGCAGCUGGGCAGCCUGGCACCCACCGCAGCCCCUGGGCUCCCGCAGCAGCCAGCUCCGUCUCAGCCUGCAUCCUCCCUGGGAUCAGUCGCAGCUUUCGAUGUCACUACUGCCACCAUCCGAGCUGCCACCGCCAGCCCAGCUCCUCAUGGGGACGAGGGAGCCGUCACGCCAGAGUCCGGUGCUGUGGUCUUGCGGGGGGAUGUGGCAGGGCUGACACGGGAGCCGACAACACAUCUGCCCACCAUGGUGACAGAGCCCCCCCAGCAGCCCUCCGAUGCCCCCGAGAGCCUGGGCCAUCGUGGGGACCCUGGGUUCCCCCCAGCUGCUGGGGACACAGACCUGGUCCAGCCAUCGAACAGCCCCGGAGGAUGGCCGGAUGCUGGCACCGCCGGAGUGAGUCCGGUGCCCCGGGUGUUCAUCGUGGAGGAUCAGCCGCCGCUCCUCAGAGCGUCCCUCCUGCGCAUCGCCUGCCAGCUGGUGCUGGACAUGGGUUUCGUCCCUGCCCUGCGGGACCCUGCGUCCCGGGAGCGCCGGGGGCUGCUGCACAGCUUCAACCGGACGGUCUCGCCCCUCUUCACGGCGGUGCCAGGGUUCCUGCGGCUGGAGGUGACGGGCAUCAGGGAGGGCAGCGUGGUGCUGGAGUACGAUGCGCUCUUCGCAGCAGAGCAGGUGCAGAUGCCAGGGCUGGGCGAGCUCCUUGACGCCGUGCUGGGCUCCGGUGGUGCACGGCCAGAACUGGUGGUGGGCACUGCCCCUGUCCUGAGCAACGUGGUGCUGGGACGGCCGUUGGAUCCCUGUGCUGUGCUUUUCUCCUGCCGGGACGGCUUCGCCUGCGUGGCCAGCGAGAGCAGGAAUGCCACCUGCACCUCGCUGUGCCACCACGACUACUGCAAGAACCAUGGCAUCUGCACCCACCACCCGGGCCGCGGGCCCCUCUGCCAGUGCCCUGUUGGCAGCGAUUUCUGGUUCAUGGGGCUUCGCUGUGACUACCGAGUGACACAGCAAAGCCUGCUGGGCAUGGCCGCGGGCAUCCUGCUCAGCAUCGUCCUCCUGGCCGCCAUCAUCGCUGCCGUCGCCAUCCGGCGCUUCAAGGUGCUGCUGCUGGAGGCCAGGGCUGACCAGACCCGCAGCAGCUACCGGCGGUUCUGCCGGCUGGACGAUGUCUCAGCACAGUACUGGUCGCGUUCCUGGCUGCCCUCGGCCAGCUCUCUGGACAACCCUGCCUUCAGCACCUCGGAGGAACUACUCCACCUGCAGAUCCUGGACACCGGCUGCUGCGGCUGCCAGGAGGACUCAGGCACAGCUGAUGGCACCAAGCAGCAGCACCCCGCUCCUCCUGCCCGCCCUCUGCGCCAGCCCAGCUUCCAUUACGAGUGGGACACAAGCUCCAGCAGCAUGAACGACCCCAUGGUGGACUCGGGGAAGGCCAGCGACAUCUCGGUGUCGAGCUGGCCCAUGGAGCCCCUGCAGUGGACACCAUUUCCGCUCCUCCACCAGCUCUCUAGGCAGCGGCCACACAAAGCCAGGAGGCCUCACUCUUACUGCGAGGGGAUGGAGCUGGCCAACCUGGAGAGGAGCUGGACAGCCUGAAUGCCACAGCAAGGAAGCAGAGGCAGGACAAGGUUCAGCUUUUCAAACCAACCCCAUUUUAUUUCCACGUAACAAGCUCGGUGAAGGGAUCUCAAAACACUUGGACAAUACAAUCAAGGCAGGUGUGAUGUCAGCUCCACUCCAGGCAGGGCCCCAAGGGUGAUCCACCAAGGUUUGCAGCACUGCUAUGGGAGCAGCCCUCGGGAGCCAGCUUUGGCUGGGGACAGAGUGGUCAGAGCCGGUCGUUACAGAGCAGUGUCCAGUAACACACAUGGAGCUGAGGACUCACAUCCAGCACCGGGGAGAUGCUUUGACAUCCCAUGUCUUCUGCACACAGAGGGGCUGCCCUGCAGCCAGUUCAGAGCGAGCAGAGCCGCCGCCGGGCACAAGGUGAGUGCCGCCACAUCGUCCGCCACGGCUCCUGCCAGUGAGGUAUCGAUCCAGACACCAGGACCUUGUCAGCAUUAAAGUUCAUUUUCCAAAAUGCUCUCCUUA